CCCGACGGCGCUCCCCCUCUCCCCCUGCCGGUGACUCGGGGGCACUGCAGCACCUGCCCGGACUGACGCGUCGACAAGUGCGGAGCGGGUCCGGAAACGAGCGUCAGGACUUCCGGCUGAUGAUGAGGCGGCACUGAGCAUGUGUGGGGGUCUGCCAUAAAUCAGUGGCAUUGUGAUGCUGGACUGUCUGGACUUCAGUUCUUUUGUCCGUUUUAGACCAAGGCUGUGAUGUGGUCUGGAUCCAGAUCAUCCUGGCAAAACCCAAACUGGGCACCGGAGUCCCACAAGAAUGGACGGAUCAUAUCUGGUGGUGGUUGGCAGUUUCUUCAUUUUCCAGGUGCUGUUUCACGUGAUUACUCCACGCCUCUCCGCUCUGCUCAGCUGGGGCUACAGCAGCUUAUCUCUGGCACAGAAAACUGAAUGGCACUCCAGGAUGAUUCCCGGAAUGCAAGGGCUUACAUACGAGGAGCAUUUGUCGGCUCUUGGACCGUGUUCAUUAGAGUACAGAAGAAUGAGAGGGGACCUCAAUAGAAACAUUUCGAAUGUUGAAAGGAUCGGACAGAGUAGAUGCGGCGAUGUUGUUUCCCCUGGUGGAUGUGUUUCCACGAUUCACGCUCUUGUAGUUGGAGGCCUGGCUUUGUACAUCCUUUGGUUCGAUGACAACGUCAACAGAGACCGCAUCUGGGGGGAUCCCAGGCUAGUCAAGGUUAACAUAGCAAUCGCUUCAGGCUACUUGAUCAAUGAUUUAGUGCUUCUCCUGUGGCACUGGAAGACAUUAGGAGACAGGUAUUUCAUCAGCCACCACUUGGCAGCGCUCUAUGCCUACCAGUACGUGCUGGUAAGUCAGGAGGCGAGCAGCUUUCCUCAUCGAUCUUUGGCUCGUGGUCUCCUACCUUACUUUGCUAAUUUCCGAUUGAUUGCAGAACUCUCCACACCCUUUGUAAACCAGCGAUGGUUCUUUGAGGUUCUGGGCUUCCCCCGAAGCACCAGGCUGGUGCUGCUGAACGGCAUGGCCAUGUCCGUCAGCUUCUUCCUUGUACGCAUCGCUGUGAUUCCGUCCUACUACCAGCAAGUGGCUUCCAGCUUCGGCACAGCCGCCUUCCACCGUCUCGGGCUCGGGCCGCAGUGUGCUUGGAUCAUAUCGAGCGUUGCUCUGGAUAUUCUCAACACAAUCUGGAUGUACAAAAUUGCCAGAGGCUGUUGGAAGAUUCUCUCCACAUCCCAUAAGCAUCGAAAAACCGAACUCAGUAAGAGUUUCUAGGCACACAGCCUGGUUUAAUGGACAAGACUGACCUGCUUACACAUUAAUCAUUAAAAUUAAUCAGUGGCAAAUCAGCACUGUUGAAAAAUUAGUUCAGAAAUCUCAACCAUAAUAGUAAAUCCAGCAAAGCUGUAAAUGUUGGUAUUCCCAAACAUAGACACAGGGGAGAUUAGAGAUGGCAUUGAUUCUAUGAUUACUCCCAGAUUUUCAUUCUAUAUUCCUCGGAAAUUCACCUCGGUUUUCUGUCUUAUCUGCAACUGAGCCUUGAGCAUGAGAAGUGCCUCAGUACCAGCGGGCCCAGUGCUAUAGGCCCUGCCCCCUAUCGCUGUCCCUGGCUCAGCACUCCAGGCCCUGUGUGCCCAGCUCUUGCACUCCAGGACCCAACUCCAGUGCUGGCCCGGUCAGUGGACUGAUACAUCUGCAGCCCAGAAAAUGCUGCACUGUGCAACUGCCUUAUCCACCUGUCUUGUACUGUGUUGGCUGAGCUCUGCUCCAGAACAGGAUCUGGAGUCAGAUUUUAUCUGAAUGAUUUGUAUCACAAUUUAGCGCAAUAACCCCUGUUCUCCACCACCUAUCUCCCCCCACCACCACCCCCACCCACCACACCUCACCUCACCUUUUUGUAGAUCAACUCACCUAUCCCUGUACACCAAACAUGUGGACUUUCAGACAGACCAUUCAACAUCCUAGUGUAAUUCCUCUCCUUCCCAUUCUCCAGACCUUCUAUUCCUGUUUCAAGCACUAUCUGAGGUUCACGAGGAUUUUGUUUUCCUCAUUGCAACAGAGAGAGACUUAGUUUCUGGCCUUUUAAUGGUGAAUGAUGUCAGGGGACCUCAUUCCCCUAACCGCCAAUCCACAUGCAACUGACCUCUUGAGCCAUGAGUGCACACUGGUUGUGUCACCCCACUGACCAACAUCGCCCUAUUAACAGCUUUUGCAGAUUUUCCAAUGUCAGCUUAGUUGGUAAAAUGUAAGGGAUUUACUGGGUCACUCACACAGUCAGAAGAGUAUAUAUUGGUUUACGUACUCACAUAAUUAUCUCCUGCUGAUGUAAAAUAAUUUUAUCGGACAUGGGCUAGUAAUUUGUACAUAAUGUCCAUUGAAUUUCAUUGAAUUUUCAAGCAAGUAUCUAGCAUGGUACGUAAGGGAAUGCCUAUAAAUGUUAUUUUAUAUAUAUGGACUUCUGGAAGGCAUCAAACAAGGCUUGACACAAGAAACUGUUUGCAAGUGCAUGAAAUUGGAUAGGAAUGAAAGGUACAAGUAGGGUCUAUGGGACGUGACUCAGGGACCAGAAGGGAUGUGUGCUGUGGCUCCAGUACAAGGAAUGAACACCAGGUUAGGAGGCACACAGGAAAGGAACAGAAAGUUGCAAAGAACAUUGUUCAAGUAACUGAUUGGGCGAAACAGUGUCGGAUGAAGUUCAGUUUGGGGAAGUGUGAGACAGUCUGGUCCAGACCUGGGGUGGAUCAGAGUAAUUUUUCAUUAGUGAAAGCAAGGAACUGAGAGAGAUUUAGGGGUUCAAGUUCAGAAAUCACUGAAAGCUACUGGAUAGGAACAGAGAAUAAUUUAAACACUAAAGGAAUGUUGGCCUUUAACUCCAGAGGGCUGGGAUACAAAGGACAGAAGUUAUUCUGCAGCUUUGUGAAGUUUUGGUUAGUGUGUGUGGAACAACUAUAUUCAGUUCUCGGCACCGCACAUCAGCAAGGAAAUGUCCUCUCUCUCUAUAAAUAAUCCCCCACUCCUUCAAAGCACUUUUAUCGACCUCCUCACCUUCAACACAAACACCCUCGGGUGUACUGGUGCACCUUCCUCCCUUCUCCAAGUCCUUUGAAUCUGUCGUUCAGCUCUCCGAUCGGAGCUCCUGGCGAUUCCUUUGGAUUCGUCCUUUACAAGUAACCAGCAUCAUAUGUGACUGGAACCAGGGAAUGUUGGGAAAGGGGAAGAAGUGGCUUUGUAAUGGGCAAACAAAUCCCCCUGCCAAAGCCAAAUUUCACCCUCCUGUGUCUUACCUUCCUUGCUUCAUGUUGAAGACUGCCUCCCUCGCCCUGUUUUGUACACUUUCCUUGUUGACAACUGAAUCAGUUGUCAGAUGUCUUCUUAAGUUCAGCACUUCUUCAACAAUCUCAUUCCUCUCAGAACAAUCUAGAAGCUGCCCCACAAUGAUCCCUGAUGAAGUUCCCAAACAUCACCUGUACUACUUCCCUACACCAUCUCCCUAUAUCUUUGUCACUGCAUUACUUGUCCAACGUGCAGUCUUAACCAAGAGCCUGCGUUCUCUGGCACUCUGUUGGAAGGAUCAAAAGCCAUUCAGAGUCCCCUACCAAUCCCCAGCUCACCUCACCCUCCCACACAAACCAACCAGCCCCUGGAUCAACCAGGUUUUUCCCAAUCUCAAUGCUGAAAGUUUCAGAUGUCCCACCCCCGGUACAGAGAGUGCUAUCAUUCACCCUCUGCCCUUUUACAAUGAAAUCCUUCCUUUGUGCCUCAUCACUUGCAGCUAACCAGGAAGCUUUCCUCCAACUUCAGCUCGUUGUCCACAACCUCGCUGUUGUCGAGUUAUGCUGCAGGAUAAGUUCUAUUGUCAGCCUUGCCUUCAAGCAGGGAGUUUUGCCAAUGCAGAACCAAUAGUCACCUUUAGGCCAACAUCAGCCAAGCACGUUGACAGGUUUGCCCCUUUACAUUUGUGUAAUAUUACUUUGUGCAAAUUGGCUGCUAUGUGACUACACUAAACAGUAAUUAAUAGUCUGCAAAGCACUUUGGGACAUCCUGGAGAUACCAUAUAUAAGCCUUAAGCCAUGCUGUGGUUUCCAACUGCAGGCACAAGCUAUUUUUUACAUGCUCGAAAGACCAGCGGCACUGAGCAAGCAGUUGAUCAAAGGAUGAGUGUCACGGGUGUGGCUCUGUGCUCGCACCUUAACACUGCGCCCAGAACAGGUGCUACUUCUGCAGCAGGUGUCACUGGCAAUUAUCAGGGAGGGACAGACACAUUACCUGGCAAUAGAGAAACAAAGGACUGCAGAUGCUGGAAUCCAGAUGAAAAACACGAUGAUGCUGGAGGAACUCAGCAGGCCAGGCAGCAUCCGUGGAGAAAAGCAGGCGGUCAACGUUUCGGGUCAGGACCCUUCUUCAGGACUGAAGAUAGGAAAAGGGGAAGCCCAAUAUGUAGUGGGGGGGGGGGAGCAGAGCAGUGAUAGAUGGACAAAAGAGGGGAGGCAGGGUGGGCACAAGGUGGUGAUAGAUGCAGGUAAGAGACAGUGAUAGGUGCGGGGGAGGAGGGGAGAGCAGAUCUGGGGGAUGGGUCAAAGGCAAGGAGGGAAAAGGGGGUAGAAUAAAGAGAGAGAGGCUGGGAAAGGGAAGAAAAGAAGAGGCGCGGUUGGGGGGGACGGGGGCAAAUGACAACGUUCACCCCGUUAGGCUGCAAGGUUCCAAGACGGAAAACGAGGUGCUGUUCCUCCAGUUUACGCUUGGAAUUCUCCUGGCAGUGGAGGAGGCCGAGGACUGACAUUAUCUGUGAUAGUGUGGGAGGGGGAGUUGAAGUGACUGGCAACGCGGAGAUGCAGAUCGCGGUUACGGACAGAGCGCAGGGGUUCUGUGAAAUGAUCACCUAGUCUGCGAAUGUUCCCAUUACCU